UACGGACCGUGGUCAAACGAGCCUACACUAGCGUGAAAUGCCCAGUCGGUGCGUAGAACUUCACUUUGCGUGUAUCACUCACAGCUAUCACCCGUAGUCAGACUCAUCAACGACUUAAGACACUGUACCUGUGGUCUCCGAGUAACCGUACAUCAUGGACAAGAUAGCGGUGUUGUUGUUGUUAUCUUUCUUAUGUUCAGUAGUCGAAAGUGACGAGCCCAGGAUUUGUACUGUAGAAGAAUGUCGUAAGGAAGGAGAUGCAUAUAUAAUGAAUCCUGUAAACUGGGAUCAGAGUGGACCAGUCUUGAUGUGUAAUUUUCUAAAGGCUCGUGUUGACUGUUUAACAACAGAUCCUUGUGUACCCGAUGUGAACAAUCCACAUGCUGUGAACUCUACAUCAUUGAAGGCAGUGAUUGAGGGAAUAAUAGACUAUUAUACAAAUUUUGGUCUUUGUGACGAUACCGUAGAUGAAUCUCUUGAUGAGUGUCAUAUGGCUCGAAUCAGACAGCGGUGUCUGGAGGAAUCUGCACGCCGAAUUAAAUCACCAUAUGCCAUAUCUUGUUUGGAAACUGCACGUGUUUCCUAUUGCAUUUAUGAAGAACAGGUUUACUGUGACGAAGAAGAUGUUUAUGAACCAGAAAGUUACCCUCAAGUUCAGUAUUUAAUCUCAGGAAACUGUAGAUAUUAUCAUCAACCUACAGAUGUCCUCGAAGCAGCCAGAACAUGGCGUGAAAAUAAUCCUGAAUACUUUCAAUAUCGUAUACGUCAUGGUUCUGAAACACCGUGUUCUGUAGUUGAAAGUUCAGCUACUUGUAAUAAAAAUAAGUAUAUCAUCGCAAUUAUUGUACCAGUUAUUUCAGUUUUAUUGUUAUUGUUUUAGAAAUGCUUAGUUUAUAUAUUUUAUUGUAUCUUAUAUUCUUUUUUGAGUUAGAUGUCAUGUGACUCAAUAAUCGCAAUUGAUUUGUACAAUAUUAUCACGUGACAAUUCCAAAUUACACGAAUCAUAGUCGAUUUGUAUAUCACGCGAUCUAAUAAGCGCAGUGAAUUGUAUAUUACGUAACUCAAUAAUGAUAGUUUAUCGGUAUAAGUGAUUCAUGCUAUAUUUAACAUAUGAACACAUCAGGUGCCAUUUUAUAUUCUUUUUCAAAUAUUUCUGUUAAUUUGUCAGAGAAAAAUAAUUACGUAAAUAAGUAAAUAUGACUAUUUUCAAGCAUUACAACAUACGACAUAUAUGAUAUAUACAAAUUAACGAAGUCAAUAAAUGGAUAU